AUGACGAGCACCAUCGAUCAUGCCUUUGCGGCACAGACAAAGUACUUUGCGGAUGUGGGUCGCUGCACGGCUCGGAAUCGGCUCGUGCAAGCCAUCCUCUUUGUCGCCGGUGCGGCCCUCAUGGGCGGCAUGAUUUACGGCACCGACUUUAUCGAGACACAAUCUGACCUUGAAGAAUUGUACACUCACAAUAAUGACAAGCUCAAGACGGAACUCUCCAUCAACAACGGAUAUUUUGGUGGGCUGGCCCGUCAGCAAGCCACCAUUCACACCUCAGACUCGGGCAACGUCGCCACCCAAACCUCGUACGCCAACGGUGACGAUGUGACUCGACAAGUCCACACCGUCGACCUCUGUGAACGGCCAGAGGUACCCGAUGCCUUUCUCCCGAACACGGCAAGCUUGACGGACAACGCCGUGUAUACCGCAACUCGUGCCGCAGCAUUGGCCCAAUGCGAAGCCGCUUUUCAGUCCACCGUGACCACCGUCUUCACCGCCUCUGGACUCAGCGACCUGCUCUUGGGUGCUGGCGCGUGUCAAGUCGGCGUGGCCGCCGUCCUUGGUGCUGCGCUUUCGUUUGCCGAAGACAACUCGCUCGACCAAGCUCGCCUCGCAGACAUGUGGAGCCUCUUUAUUCAGGACCCAGACGCCACUCAGGCGGAACUUGAGGAUGCCUACAACACCAAUGCCGGUGACGCCACCCGCACGCCCGCCUUUAACACCAUUGCCACCGUCAAUUCGACCGUGGUGCUGGGAGCCGACGUCAUGUCAGCUGCCGUUACUGCUGCGUUUUCGGCUCAGCAAUUCUACUACCUUGCUGAUGGCCACAUCGUCUCAGCGACCUACGCCAACCUGGCGACCUGCACGGGCGAGUUCAUGGAAGGCCGAAUCAGCAAUCUCGCCGAGACUGUGCGCGGCUUUGUCAUUGACGACUAUGAAGCCUCCUCGGCCGCCCUUGCCGAAGUGCGCACUGAGUUUCCCUCCAUCACCACGACGGAGUAUGCCAUUGCAGGUCUGGAUGCCGCCUACGCCGUCCUGAACCAGCUUGAUGACCCUCUGGAUGCCAGUGCGGAGACCCUUUUGACAGCCAAGCACGAAUACAUGUCCGCAACCGACCUCCUGUGGUACCUGAUUGUCAAUGCCACCGCCACCCGCGACGGCGAGAGCUAUGACUAUCAGGCGUUAGCCAUCAUUCGAGAAGACAUUCUAGAACAAUACUUGACAGACCCUACGCAACAAGGCCAGCCACCCAACGCUUCGGCCAUUGAGAGUGAAGCGUAUGCCACCUAUUUUUCCGAAACGACGAGCUUCACCAAUGACACCUAUUCUGAGAUCCAAUCGGCCUCCGACGCUGUGGUCAAGGCGUACGAGUACAUGGUCAAAAUCACAAACGAAGCCAUCCCAGCUCUGGUUGAUGCCAUCACCAAGGAGCGAUUGGCCGCUGGUACUUUGGAUUUUGACAUUAUGACAGCGAACCAUACCCUCCGAACUUUACCUCGCCUUUGGGGCGUGGAUCGGUUUCCCUGCAACCGCCUAACACCCUUGGACCCAUUUGCGGAGGGCGCCUUUGACUAUCCCUACAAUCUACGCCUUCUUCAGGCUGUGGGCCCAGCCGUCAAGCUCUUUUACGAAGCCAGCUACUUUGAGGACUUUGUCACCGCUAGCAACUGCUACGCAACUAUGGUCACUAACCCAGCAAAACAGGCCGUCUACUACCAGGGCACGGCCGGUCAGGUCUGGUAUUUGGGAGACAACUUGGCUGCCAUGGCAGCAGCUGAGUCCGCUUAUGCUUCGGCCUUGGCUUCAGGCAGCAGCACGGCCGCAGCGCAAACGGAUGCCUUUACCGCCUUUGUGGCCUCGCCCAAUUCUUUUUAUCGAGACACGGAUGGCACGGUUAUCCUCCUCGCCUCGGGUGCAGGCACGACCUUUCUGGGCACAACUGAGGGUCAGAUCUUUGCUGCCACCGUAAUGGGGUUGGUACAGGUUGCAGUGGGCACAGCCGCGCAACUCGACGGCCAGAUGCGUGCCAUCAUCACGCGCUUUGGCAACUACGGCUUCUCUCAGCGCCCUAGCUACCAAGAACUGUCGGACACGGCCGUGCGCCAAGCCAUCUCAGACGCCAUCCUCUUUACAAGCAACCCUGAUGUGACCGUAGACAUGUGUUUGCAAGGCAACACAGAGUCAGACUAUUCAGGAGACACAAUCAAAGCCUGCCUCCUCACCUGGGCCUCCAGCAAGGUUCCUCCGCCCUUGAUUUAUGGCGACCUGCCGACGGCGACCGUCAACGGCACUUUUGAUCAGAUUGGAGCCAUGCGCAGCGUGUGCCUGACCUACAAUGAGGACCAUCCCAUGUUUGAGCGCCUGAUCAAUGACAAUUUCGGGGUCAACACGACUAGUGCUGAUCGCUUGCACAUGCACUUGACUCACGAAGCGGCCGUGGGCGAGUACUAUGAGGCACUGUACCAGGGCGCUAGUGGCACGGCCUUUGCCGCCGACAGCAACUUCAGCUCGGACAACUUUCUGUACCUGACAGAGCGAUCCGUCGAUGAUACGAUUGAGGAUGCAUCGCACAUUGACACGGCUCUGGUGGUGGGGGCCGCUGUUGUGGUGGCCUUUUGGGCGGCGCUGUCAAUGGUCAGCAUCUAUAGCGCGGUGUACACGCAUGUAUUCCUUGGCAUCUGGGGUGUCAUUGUCAUUGCCCUGGGCACAGCUGCUGGACUGGGCUUUAGCGUAUUUAUUGGUCUCGACUUUAACCCGUUGUCCCUGGCCGUGGUCCCAUUCAUGUCCGUGGGUAUUGGAGUCGAUGACAUGUUUGUGCUUGCACAUGCAUAUGCGCGGGAAGUCCGUCAAACAGCUUCCGUGGGUGCGGUUGUCGCCCGUGCCAUGGGUGAAGCGGGACCGAGCAUCGCCUUUACUACCCUCAUCAACUUUGUUGCGUUCAUGGUGGCCUCGGCCACGCGGGUGGAAGUGGUGGAGGUGUUUUGCUAUCAACUCGUCAUUGCAGUCAUUUUCAACUUUAUCGCGCUCUUUACGCUCUUCCUACCUGUCCUGGUCUGGGAUGCGUAUCGUGUUUUGGCCGAUCGUGCGGAAACCUGCAUCAGACCCUGCCACAACCAGGACAAGGCGCUGCAACCAGGAUUUGUGGAGCAGCUCUUCAACAAGUACCUUGUUCCUAUCAUCCUUUCCAAUCCUGGCCGGAUCUGUAUUUUGAUCGCGUUCUUGGCGUGGCCAGCUGUAUCGAUCUGGCACGCCGCAACGGAUGUUCAGCAAGGCUUGCGGGUGUCGGAGCUCACAGCCGAGGGCACUUCCAUCAACGACUUUAGCGUUGUCUUGGAAGACGAUUUCCUCAUGUUCAAGGGCGACCUCGUCAUUGUUUCGAGCGAUUUUCCCAACGCGCAACAGCUUAGCAAUCUGGUCUGUGCUGACAAUCGAACAGACGCAGAGGUCGACUGUUUGACCCUCGUCGGGGCUUUUGACAGCCCGGCCGCAGCAGGCUCAAGCCCCUACACCGUUCUCAAGGCCACGCGGGGCGUCGUGUAUCUCCCCAAUCUGCGUGACACGGAUGAUUUUCUGGAUACGAUUCGUGACACUCGCGAGCGUGUGGACGAAGUGUCGCGAGCCUAUCGUACCGCCAACCCGUCGGACGAGGACUAUGAAGCCUUUGUCUCAUCCUACGUAUUUACCGUAUGGGACCAGUAUCUACACAGUAUCGACGACUACUUGCUGAUUGCGGGCUUGUGCCUCGUGGGCGUCUUUGUGGCAUCGUCCAUCUUCUCAUUUAGCCCUUCGACGGGCUUGCUCGUCACUUUGCUCGUCUUCUUCAUCCAAGUGGAGGUGUUGUCUCUUAUGACGGUGUGGGGCGUCAAACAUAAUGCCUUUAGCUUGGUCAAUUUGUGCAUCGCCAUUGCCAUGGCCGUGGAAUUUACAGCGCAUAUUGCACAUCAGUUUAAAGCGACCAACGAGGAAUCUCGACUUGAACGAGCCAAGGCCUCGUUGGCAUGGAUGGGUCCAGCGGUGUUUCAUGGCUUUGUCUCUUCCAUUCUGGCGGUGUGCUUUAUUGCUGGCAACGACGUGCCCUUUAUUGUCACAUACUUUUUUGGGAUGUUCUUUUGCACGCUUGUUGUCAGCGUCUUGAAUGCCGUGUUCCUGCUUCCGGUCUUGCUCAGCCUUGUCGGUCCCGGCGGCGUGAACGUGAACCAGUAUCUUGAUGAGGACUAUGCCAGCGGAGUGGAGUCUAAGAAUGACUUUACUAUGGCAACGUCAGCACGACAAAUGACAUCUGUGGCCCCCAUGUCUGCCUGGGAACCACAAGGUGACUCUUCCAACGAGCAUGGUGCUGAGGAAGUUGAUGCCAGCGCCGACAUUGUCAUGUCCCGCCGCUUCUCCGUCCACAUGACAUAAGAGCCUUCUUUUUUUGUUUUUGUUUUUUGUUUUCCUUUUUUCUGGCCUGUUUGGAUUUGUCAUCUCAGAAGUCUGUAGUAUGGCAUGCCCAUGUGACUUGGGCCUUGGUUGUGCCACCCCCCUUGAAAAAGGCUGAUGGGAUGGGCCGGUCAAGAAACGCUUUCAAAAACAGGGCAGGGUGAGUCUUAUUCCUGACUGGUUUUUUGACAAUUUUUUUGGAUUUUUUUUUGUGCAAUCGUUCUUGUGACGAAUCUUGACUGCGAGGGCUUGGGAGGAAGACUGAGAGUUUGUCUGGUAUCCCAGUGCGUGACGCUAUGCCCAUUCUGCGAUGGUUUUUAUCGUUUUUAAUUGAAGCUGUGAGAC